AUGGGGGCUGCCCAGCCUGGGCAGGGGCAGGAUAUGGCGGGGCAAAGCGAGAGCUGCCUGGACUCUGCCGAGUGGGAGCAGCUCCUGCUUAAGUUCCUGAGGACAUCGCUGGAGACGAUCGAGAGCCAGGCCUGGACCAUGGGCCUGAGCGUGGAGCUCAGCCAGCAGACGGGCAGCUACCCCCGGCUGUCCCGGAAGCAGGCCUUCCUGUAUAAAGCUGUCGGGGUGUCCCUGGCAGCGUGUCAGCAUGUCCCCUAUGUCCGCGGGGAAAUGAAGAAGUAUCUCUCAAGGACAAAUUACUUGGAAGCGUCUGAGAGAGAGGCAAUGAUUUCUGUUUUGGCCGGUUCUGCCGAGAGCCACUUCCACCUUGCCUUGGAGGUGGUGCAGGAGUUUGGGGCGUCCAUGGAGGAAAGACCAGUGUCUGGGGCUUUCAAAUGCCUGAAGGAAUACCACCAGGGGAAGAGAGCGGGGAGGCACAUGGCCCUCGUGCUGGCCUACGGCCAGAUCGCGCUCUGCGCCCCCCCGGAGCAGCUCCUGGCCCGUGUGGAGAGCGACGUCGUGGGGCACAUCCUGCAGCACUACCACGCCAGCUGCCAGGUGCUGGGCUUCUCCUUCUCCACCGAGGCCGGGGGCCGGGGGUCUCCUUGCGGUAGGUAG